AUGGCCAAGGGCAAGGUUUGUCUCGCCUACUCGGGCGGUCUGGACACCAGCUGCAUUCUGAAAUACCUCAUUGAAGAGGGCUAUGAGGUCGUCUGCUUCAUGGCCGAUGUUGGCCAGGAAGAGGACUUCGAGGCUGCGCGUGAGAAGGCCGUGAAGAUCGGCGCUCUCAAGUGCGAGAUUGUCGAUCUCCGCCGUGAAUUCAUUGAGGAGCUCUGCUUCCCCGCCAUUGCUUGCAACGCCGUGUACGAGAACGUUUACCUGCUGGGAACUUCUCUGGCCCGCCCCGUCAUUGCUCGUGCCCAGAUUGCCGUUGCCCAGAACGAGGGCUGCUUCGCUGUCUCGCACGGCUGCACUGGCAAGGGUAACGACCAGGUUCGCUUCGAGCUUGCGUUCUUCGCCCUGCAGCCCAACAUUAAGGUCAUUGCCCCAUGGCGCGACCCUGUCUUCUACGAGCGCUUCGCCGGCCGCAACGACCUCCUUGCCUACGCUGCCGAGAAGGGCAUUCCCGUCACCUCGACCAAGUCCAAGCCCUGGAGUAUGGACGAGAACCUGGCCCACUGCUCGUACGAGGCCGGUAUUCUGGAGGACCCCGACACCACUCCCCCCACCGACAUGUGGAAGCUGACCCAGGACCCUCUGGCUGCUCCUGACCAGCCCGAUGACUUCAUCGUCCACUUCGAGAAGGGUGUCCCGGUCAAGCUGGAGUUCACCGAGGGUGGCGCGAAGAAGACCGUCACCGACUCAGUUGACGUUUUUCUGACUGCCAACGCCAUUGCUCGCCGAAACGGUGUUGGUCGUAUUGAUAUUGUUGAGAACCGUUUCAUCGGUAUCAAGUCGCGUGGCUGCUACGAGACUCCUGGUCUUACUUGCCUGCGCGCUGCCCACAUUGACCUCGAGGGUCUUGUGAUGGACCGUGAAGUCCGUGCUCUACGUGACCAGUUUGUCACCUUCAACUACUCCAAGCUCCUCUACAACGGUCUGUACUUCUCUCCCGAGCGUGAGUUCCUCGAGGGCUCCAUCACCGCUUCCCAGAAGUCCGUCAACGGCCAGGUCCGUUGCCGUGCCUACAAGGGCACCGUCUCCGUCCUCGGCCGCUCCUCCGAGACCGAGAAGCUGUACGACAUGACCGAGUCCAGCAUGGACGAAAUCGGUGACUUCUCGCCCGCCGAGACCACCGGUUUCAUCAACGUCUCUGCCAUCCGUCUCAAGAAGUACGGCCAGAUGAAGGCCGCCGCUGGUGAGAAGAUGUAA